AAAACGCAGGGAGCAUGCUAAAGACCUGCAGCUAUUUGCCUUGUACAAUUUGCUCAUUUCUCUUUAUUUCUCUGUUUUCCUGCACUCAUCACUUAAAGGACAAUCUUUCUUGCAAACAAAAUCCCCGGAGCCUGACUAGAGGGACUGAAGGCUCCCAGACACGGAUUGCCUGCCAGCCCCAGCACGGCGGAGCGGGCGCGGCAGGAGGCGGAGCGGGCCGCCGCACGUCCCCCGGCCGGCCGGCCGGCCCCCCCGCCAUGGGUCGGAAGCGCUGCGUGGGGGGAGACGGCUCCAAGAUGGCGGCGGGUUGCUGCGGGGUGAAGAAGCAGAAACUCUCCAGCUCCCCUCCCUCGGGCUCGGCCGGCCCGGGCGGCGGCGGCGGCGGCUCCCACUGCGGCGGGGCGGCGGCGGCGGGGGGCGAGCCGGGGGCGCUGCCCCCGCCGGGGGGCCCCCGCCUGAACGGCCUCGGGGGGCUGGCGGGGGGCGCCGCCGGCUGCGCCCUGUCCCCGCCGCUGCCGCCCAGCUGCGGCGGGGGCCCCGCCGGCCUCUCCCCGCCGUCCGCCUCGCUGCUCGCCUCCCCCGGCUCCGGCGGGCCCGGCUGCAGGAAGAUGGUGGUGUCGGCCGAGAUGUGCUGCUUCUGCUUCGAUGUGCUCUACUGUCACCUGUACGGAUACCAGCCCCCGCGGAGCCCCCGCUUCACCAACGACCCAUACCCACUGUUUGUAACGUGGAAGAUCGGUCGGGAUAAGCGAUUGCGUGGAUGCAUAGGUACUUUUUCCGCCAUGAACCUGCAUUCAGGACUCAGGGAGUACACACUUACUAGUGCCCUUAAAGAUAGUCGUUUCCCCCCAAUGACGAGGGAUGAGCUGCCACGGCUUUUCUGCUCAGUGUCUCUCCUCACUAACUUUGAAGAUGUAUGUGACUACCUGGAUUGGGAGGUGGGUGUACAUGGCAUUAGAAUAGAAUUCAUCAACGAGAAAGGAUCCAAGCGCACGGCCACCUACUUACCGGAGGUUGCGAAGGAGCAAGGCUGGGACCACAUUCAAACCAUAGAUUCCUUGUUGAGGAAAGGAGGCUACAAAGCUCCGAUCACCAAUGAGUUCAGGAAAACAAUAAAGCUAACCAGGUACCGCAGUGAGAAGAUGACGAUGAGCUACACAGAGUACCUUGCCCAUCGUCAGCAUCAUCACUUCCAAAAUGGUAUUGGGCACCCCCUUCCACCGUACAACCAUUAUUCCUGACACUGAGCCGCAUGACCAGUCACUGGACCUCUCUGCAGACCUCUUCCCAGGAGACCCUGCCCCUUCUUGGUCUAGCUAUCUCUAUUACUGUACCAUUUUAUGAUGAUAGUUUCCGUUGCCGUGCUGAGGCUCCUUAGUUGGUUCAGCUCAUCACGGCAACGGGAGGGAAAACCACGUUACUACAAAGAUCCCAGGCUUUUUUAUUACCUAUUCACUGCAGAUUUUUUUGCAGCAUAUAUACCCUUGGGUUUUUUUAUGAAAAUUUAAAUUUCUACUUCAUUAACAUUGAAUUAUAUCAAUCAAGGCUUUCUGUGACUGUGGAUGGAAGGAAGAGUUUAAGGAUUGCAGUUAGGGACGUUUUGUUUAGCAAAAAAAGGCAUUCAUGGCUUUUGCAUUAAUAGGUGUGACAGGGAAUGAAACAUAUCAGAUUCAGGUAUUAAAGGGGACAACGAAUUGCAUUUUCAUAACAUUCUCAAUAAGGUGUGUACAACAUCUCACCCUCACAGUCAAGGUUCCGUGUAGCUGUGUCCAUGAUCUGCAGGUGCAGCACGUGCAGCCAGGGCUGACACACAGAAUGCUUUUUUUUUUUAGGGGAUGAAGAGAAGCGAUUACGUGUACAGGGAGAGGUGAUGUUAACAUGGCAGCAUUUUCAGAAUCAAGUGGCCUAAUUGAUAGGGCAUGACAUAAUCCAGCAGGCUCCCAGAUCCCUUUGUCUCCCGUUGUGUGCUGGGAAUCACGGGCAACUCAGCCCUGUCAAGACUCGUCAUUAUAAUGCAUUUGUAAUGAGACGAUGCCUUUCUGAUGACUCAAAUUAGGAGUGACAUUUGUUUUCUAAAAACAGCUUGGUGAGUAGCAGAUGUCAUAUUAGGAAGAAAAUGGAUUUAGAUUUUAGUGCCUUUGACUAUAACAUAACUAUAUACUUAUAUAUGAAAUCCAUAGGAAACAUAUAGCAAAUACUCCAGACGUUCUUGCAAAACCCUGUUGAAGCUGCUCUGGCAUCAGGGGUUUUGUUUUUGUUUUUUUAUUUAAAGUGAGGGGUUUUUUUGUGUUGGUUUUUUUUUUUAAUAAUGAACUUAUUUUGGAAAAGAGAAAUCCCAGUUUUGUUCUUUCAUCUGCACUUGAACUUGUUGAGUUUUUUCAAGUCAUAAAUAGUUCAAUCAAGUUAACUAUUGUUUAAGAAAAGAAAAAAGACUGUUGUGAGAGAGCCAGGACAAGUAUUACUGUUACUUGUUUUCAUCUAUUGCAGGAAUAGUGCUUGAGAGCUGUAAGUACUGUGUAAUAAUUCUGAUACCCCUCCACACGGUGGAAGAAAGAAAAAACCGCUUGGAACUUUUUCCUGCUGUAAAAAUAGGAUUUAGUACAAGGUAUGUGUGAUAUAUUUGCAAGGCCAGUCGAUGGCAGGAGCUCCCUCCUUCCUCCUGUGCCUGCAGAGCUCCCACUGCUGCUGUUGCAGCUCGGUGUGUGUUCUGGGGGACAGCACAGGCCGUCUGGAAAGACAGAAAAGACCUUCGUGAUACGUGUUAGUAAACCACAGGAAACAGAAAUUCCAGUUAUUUUGAAUAAUGAAUGUAAAUAUAGAGAGAUAUAAAAUUCAAGUAGGGAAAAUCCAUUAAAAUUCAGUUGUUAAAAAAAGAUUGGACUAACUGUAAAAAUGUUUCAGUUGGGUUUGAAAAGCAGGUAAGGAUAAAUUAUGCUCAUCCCUUAUGCAAGGUUAGCUCUGCCACUUAAUUUCUAUGGAGGUUCUUGUAGAAGGUCUUUGGUAUUCCUUCAUCCACAGCAUUCCUGUCCAAAUAUUCCCAUUUUCAGUUGUGAUGCCUUAAUUUAUAAGCGGAGGACCUGAAAUUUCAGGAGCCAAGAGAUGCCAGCCAGAAGCUGCAAAAAUUAGUAGAUGUUUAUACAGAGGCUAUUUUGGAUGAUAAUACUGUUGUCUUGUUUCUACUUGGGGAACACUUUUAGAGGAAUUAGUCUUCAAGUGGAAAUGUGAACAAGUGGCUACCUGAUAGAGUUGUUGUGUUGGUUUUGGGUUUUUUUUCUUGCCCUUAUAGGGAACCUGAGCACAAACUGAAUCAUUCUGCUGCAAAAAAAAAAAAAAAAAAAAAAAGUCAUCCAACCCCAUCUUUAUCUGUCAUCUCGUUACAGCUCGCUCGUGCUUCUGCAUGAGCUCAUUGUUAGAAGUUUUUUAAAAAGAUCUAUUAUAUAUAAAAAUAUAUAUGUAUUGAAAGGUGCUAAUCAACCUCAAGAAGGUCACGUGACUGGUCAUGCGGAUCUAAAAAAUCAUAUCAGAUUUUUUAAAAAAUCUUCGAUAUAUGCAGAUGUUAUACAGAAUUUCUUACCAGUGUAAUAAUGAUAUACUGAUGAAUAAACAAUCCUGCAGGUUUUUAAGGACAAGGUCAGCAAUACUUCCCACCAUGGCUUGGGGGAGAAAAGGAUAGUUUUGUCUCCUUUUUGUACACAGCAUAAUGCACAAUGCAUUUUUGUCUAUCUCUUAGUAGCUGUUGCUUAAAAAUAUAGUUCAAGGGUGUUACACAAACUGUAAAGGUGUGCUUUUGGACCGAGCUCAUGCCAGACCCUUCUGGACCAGAGUUUUGUAUCACUAAUUAAAAAACUGUUACAGAGUCUGUGGUCAAUCAGAUCGUAUGAUAUUUUUCUUAAAAGAUUGGAAUAAUCAGUCUACCUACAGUGUUUCUAGGGCACCUACCUCCUCAGCACAUGGUGCUGAAACCGCUGCAGAUUGUUUCUGUGUAAUUGUGGGUUUCUUUGUACCAAACGUGCAGCUCACUGUGACAUGCACUGGCACAGAAUAGGUCUGUUUGCUUAGAGCUGAUCAGCAAUUGCUCUCACAAAUGUCAUUCCCUCGGAGUUAUGUUCAAGUACCUUUCAGUUGUAUCGUUGGGGUUAGCUACAGAUUUGUUUUUCAUUUGGGGUACUUUAUAGAAGUUAAGGUACAACCAAGCAGCUUGUAUUUCACUGUUCGUUAAGUUGAAAUGCUGAUUUUAUUUUUUUUUUUUUCUGAGCACUACUCAGUUUGCCUUAUUCCAUUAAGGAGAUUGUUGGGGGCUUUUGUUUUUUUUUUUUUUUCAUCCUCUUGCUCCAUGUUCCUAAAAACCCUGUUCUGUAAACUGAGAUAGACAACCAAAACCGUAGACUCGAGGUGAAGCAGCUGUUACUCAGCGGUGCUCCGAGUGGCCUUCCCGCUGCUGUGGCUGCGGCAGGGAGGGCCCAGCCCGGGCCUGACCUCAGAGCUGCUCUGGAGCCCGGGGGGGGCACAGCCACUGGCACACCUGGCGUUUGUGUACGGACCUCUCUACUUGUCUUCAACCGUGCGGGUUUUUCAAGUUGUUGUCUGGAGUAGGUUACAUCUCUUAUGUGUGUUAGAUCGAACCAAAGAAGCCUCCAGCCAUGCCCAAAUGCUGCUCCUAAAGCCUGCCUUCCAGUCCUUACAAGAAUCCCUGCAGGAUUAAAUGUGUUAACUUUUUUAUUUUUGUACAGUUUCUAACUGAUUUUUUGCUAGUGAUGUUAAUUAAGUUUAUUUGGGGAGUCUGAAUAUCUCCUCCAUUUAAAUAAACUGGUGACUUUCCUUUUAUGUUAAAAAAAAAAAAAAAAGGUUAAAAAAAAAAAUAAAAAAAGAGAAACCCAAAGUGUGCCUCUCAGAUUUAAGGGUUUCUGGUUACAUUUAUUCUUAAGACCAGCAAUGAUUCUUUAUAUACAAAGAUAUGUUUUCCUCGUUUUUUUAUUACUGUUAAAGAAAAAAAAAUAAAAAAGAUAAACCUCUUUCUUUGCUCUGGACCCAGUAAUUGCGCUGGUACAUAAACGCACUGAGAAAACAAACUUUUGUUUGAAACUUUUGUAACAACUUAUGACUGUUUUUGUAUAUCAAAGUUGAUUCUUUUCAAGAUAUUUGGAUCUAGUUUCUAAGUUAUUUUAGCGUUUUAUAUGUUACAAAAAAAAAAAGAAAAAAAAAAUUACUUUAAAUUGUUCACCAGCAUCUUGAGUUAUCUUCAAUGCCGUGGUGACACACAGGGGGCUUGAGCUACCUGGAGUAGCUUGUAAAGCCUCGCUCUUCUCCUUCCUUCCUUAGCAACUUGAUUGAUUACAAUAAUAUCACAGAUUACCUGAACCCCCUUCCUUUAUAACUAGAUCCUCCUUCCUUCCACAUUUAAUUGCUAUUAGUGUGAAGAAACUGUUGAAAUGGGCAUUUAAUAUAAGUACGGCUUCAAAAGAGAAAAAUGAGGAAAAAGAAAAAAAAAAUGCUAGAAGGUUAUCUGUGGGUCUGUGAGAUAUGGCUGUGGAAAGAUAUUGUAGUAGUUUUAACACUAUUGUUAUUACCUUUUAAAUCAUUUACCCAAUAAAAUAAGGAAAAAGAAUCA